AUGUCUUCAGACUCGCCAGCCUUUCAAUUCUACCCCCAGGCUCAAUCUGCCUUCAAAAUCCCCCUCCUGGCCAACGACAAUGCCUACCUCGGCGACAUCUUCUCUAGCGAAAGCACUUCAGACGCUCCCAUUUCCUCUGGGCUGUUCCGUCUAAAGGAGGGCCAGCCUCUAACUUACACAUACAAGUACGAUGAGAUGAAAAUUUUUCUCGAAGGUGACUACACCAUCACCGACACUACUGGCCAGACCACCAAGGCCAAACCCGGCGAUGUUGUCUUCUUCCCUAAGGGGUCAACAAUUACGUUUGAGACUGAGAAUGGUGGGCUUGCUUUUUACGUUGGUCAGAGGAAGAAGAACGACUUUUAA